AUGUCCCAUACCGAGUUCCUUCUGCUCCUCUGCUGCGGAACUGGAAUCCCGGGAUCUCAGCCCUGGAGAAGGUACGAGGGUGUUGACGCGGACUCAGGCUUGAUUAUACAUGUAGGCAUGGCAGGCUGCCCUGAUAAUCUCGAUCUAGCCCUACUUAGGGCUGCAGCGAGUCAGUGCAUGUCUCUCCUCGCGUCAAGUUACCCAGCAAGGGGCGAUGAGAUCGGAUGUUCCAAGCUCGCGUCUGGAUUGAAGAUCGACAAGGGCACCAUGACGGGCCUCGAUAACGGCGCCGUACAAGCCCGAUCACAAUUCGAUGGGACUCGAGCUGGAGCUUCCAGUCGAUCUGCAGCGGGUCUUGAUUCGCCGAGCAGCGCUGCACAGGCGUACAGCAUGGCCAACUCGUAUCCAAUGGCCGCAUGGCCGGGUCUGGAUCCGGGCUGGCUGAAGCCUGAAAUCCAUCGAGGCCUCGACGUCGCCUAG